AUGGCGGCAGCGGAGGCGGUGCACCACAUUCACCUGCAGAACUUCUCCCGAUCGCUGCUUGAGACCCUCAACGGGCAGCGGCUGGGUGGGCACUUCUGUGACGUGACUGUGCGCAUCCGCGAGGCUUCACUGCGUGCACACCGCUGCGUGUUGGCCGCCGGCUCGCCCUUCUUCCAGGACAAAUUGCUGCUCGGCCACUCUGAGAUCCGCGUGCCGCCUGUGGUGCCCGCGCAGACGGUGCGCCAGCUCGUCGAGUUCCUCUACAGCGGCUCGCUCGUGGUGGCGCAGGGCGAAGCGCUGCAGGUGCUCACGGCCGCGUCAGUGCUGCGCAUCCAGACGGUCAUAGACGAAUGCACGCAAAUCAUAGCCCGCGCCCGCGCCCCUGCCCCGGGCCCCCCCGCGCCCGCGCCCCUGCCCACGCCCGUGCCCCCGCCGCUCGCGCCCGCGCAGCUGCGCCACCGCCUGCGCCACUUGCUGGCCGCGCGCCCCCCGGGCCACGCCGGUGCCGCGCACACACGCAAGCAGCGCCAGCCCGCGCGCCUGCAGCUGCCCGCGCCCCCCGCGCCUGCCAAGGCGGAGGUAUCGGACGCCGACCCUGCCCUGACCGCUGCGCCAGACGACGGCGCGGACGACGACGACGACGAGACCGAUGAGGAGACCGACGGCGAGGAUGGUGAAGGCGGCGGCCCGGGUGAGGGCCAGGCGCCUCCUUCUUUCCCCGACUGCGCCGCCGGCUUCCUACCCGCGGCCGCGGACGGCGCGCGCGAGGAGCCGCCUGCGCCCGCCGGCCUCCCCGAUUUCGGCGGCGCCGGGAGGGACUUCCUCCGGGGGACUUCGGCUGCCGAGGACGUGUUCCCCGACAGCUACGUCUCCGCUUGGCAAGACGGAGAUCAAACCGCCCCUGAAGGCUGUCCCGCCGAGACCCCUGCCCCGCCCGACUGUGUCCUAUCCGGACCCCGCCCACCUGGCGUGAAGACCCCCGGGCCGCCCGUCGCGCUUUUCCCCUUUCAUCUGGGCGCUCCCGGGCCGCCAGCGCAACCCCCUCCCGCGCCCUCGGGGCCGGCCCCUGCGCCCCCACCCGCCUUCUACCCAGCGCUCCAGCCGGACGCAGCUCCCAGCGCGCCUCUAGGGGAGGCCCCGGCCCCACCGGCCGCUCCCAGCGCAGCCCCCUCGGCGACCCCUGCGCGCGCCCCGGGUGCCGAGCCGCCCGCCUAUGAGUGCAGUCACUGCCACAAGACGUUCAGCUCCCGGAAGAACUACACCAAGCACAUGUUCAUCCACUCGGGGGAGAAGCCCCACCAGUGCGCCGUGUGCUGGCGAUCCUUCUCGCUGCGCGACUACCUGCUCAAGCACAUGGUCACGCACACGGGCGUGCGCGCCUUCCAGUGCGCCGUCUGCGCCAAGCGCUUCACGCAGAAGAGCUCGCUCAACGUGCACAUGCGCACCCACCGGCCGGAGCGCGCGCCGUGCCCCGCCUGCGGCAAGGUCUUCUCGCACCGCGCGCUGCUGGAGCGCCACCUGGCCGCGCACCCUGCGCCCUGA